GUAACUACAGUAUAGGGGUAGCUGCUAGAAGUGGCAGGAAGCAUAUGAUGGAUAUAACCAUAAAGUUAAAACUAUAAAGAGAGUUGUAAAAAGUGGGUAACACGUGAUGAUGAAAGAAAGCAACCUUCUCUUUAUCUCUUUUGUUUCUAAUCAAAACAUCUUACGUUAUUUGUUUGGUGUAUUACAACUACUAGUCGUCAUACCCUGAAACAAAAUAGCGAUCUUCGUUUUCUUGAAUCACAACCAAAAAAAAAAAAAUGUUACAGCUGUUUUUCACGAUAGCGUUUUCUGCGGCGCCGUUAACUCUGUACAUACCGCCGGUCAGAUGUUUGACGAUGUUCGUUGAGACGAUGGAGGAGAUGGGAACGGAAGGUAGGGUUUAUAGCCGGAGAGUCUUCCCUCGUGCAAGAAUUGCUUGGUCUCGACUUCUUGAUUGCUUCUUCUCCUCUUCUCCUCGCCGUUCUUGAUUUUUAAUAGUUUCCUUCUUCGCUUUGUAGAUGUCUAUGUCCUCUUAGUUUCCUGUGUGUUAUGACUUAUGAUCACGUACAUGUUUUCGAUUUGAGAUGAUUCAAGAUUAGAGGUUUAGGUUUCUUGUUCUUGAUUAUAUCUUAAUAAUAAAUUAGAGAUGAUUCUGAUUCCUCU